AUGGGGUAUGCGCUGUCUAUCGUGACGGCGACUCUGGAUGGUCUUCUGAUGGUUUCACCGUGGCUCAUGAUGAGAGGCCGCGGCCUGAAUUCGAGACUGAAGUUGUACAUUUACGGCAUCUUCGGGUUGGGAAUCCUGGAUACUAGCGCGACGAUUGCAAACAUCAUCCGCCUUGUGGCACUGGUCAAACUCAAGGGGUCAAGCGACCAGCUUCGAGUCAUAGUCGACGCCGCCCCCGUAUUCAACUGGUCUGCCAUCGAGGUCAGCAUCGGUAUCAUCAUUGCCGGAUUGAUUGAACUCGGCCCGCUUGCCGCCAAGUACAAUAUCAAAGGCUUCGAGUCCUACGCUGGCGACGACACCGUCAUGCUCACGAAGCCAAUCACUCACGAGUCAAGGGUGGAUGAUUACGAAAUGGAGACAAGAAAAAUGUGA